GCCGGCUCUCGGAGGAGGGGGAGCUGCUGUAGCUGCCGCCGCCUCAGCUUCCCACAGCCGCUGCCGCUGCCGCCUCCGCCGCCGCCGCUUUGCCUAGUCCAGUUGCCAGGCCCAGUGCUCUGACUUCGCCGGACCGGGGCGCUCUGCAGAGACACCUUCACUCCUUCCCGGGGGUCCGGGAGCCUAGCAGGGCGUGGGGGAAGCUCCUCUUGCCCGGGAGAGGGAGGGAGGAGCCAGGAGCCGGAGCCAGCCGCUACCAGUCGCCCGGAUCAACAGGACAGGACAGGUUGAGGGGCGUCGGGGAAAGGAAAGGGGGUGCUAUAGGCAGUGCCGGGGAGGACGAGGAAGCCCUGUGGCAGGAAGCUCUGAUGCGCUGAUUUAUAGGGGGCCUGUUCACAUUUGGGGACUGGUUGACAACGUGGGUGCACGCCUCUUUCAGGGGGCUGGUUAGAUUAGAGGGCGUGGGAUCCAAACAGCACCAGCUGUCCCUAAGGAAAUUUAAGGGGCAAGGGUGGGGGGCGGAUGCUCCUUAUUUCCAGGUGACAGGGUCCCUCUGACAAUCACCUGGUGUAUUCACUAGGAAGGGUGGAUUUGGAGGUAACUUCAAAAGGAGUGGAGGGUGACAAGGUGAGGAAAGGGUCUCUGCAGCUGGAACACUGUGCUACUAGAAAUAGGGAUAGUGGGAAAAGGUGUUCAGCUAGAGGGUCUGGGAAUCUCAAUAAACCUGGACAGCCUUGAUAUUCUGAGAUAUUUGGGGGGAUUUCAGUGAAAAGUGGGGGAUCGUUUUCAUUUAGAGGGUAGCAAAGGAAAAAGCACCAAGGUUGGGUUCCUUCCUGACAUUGAUAGUGGCCCUGCAGGGGUAGGGUGAGCUAAUUUCUCCAAAACUAAGGACCCACACCCUUUAGAUUACAAGAGUGGAUCUGGCUGGGGGGUGGAAAGGGGGUGGAAAAGGGCUUGGAGAUAUUGAGACCAUAUCUUAGAAAUUUGGAGGGUCUUGGUUUGGGACAGGGGAAGUGGAAACAGACACUGUAGAGGAGGGAAGGGAGAGUUUUCAGUAGGGGACAAAAUUUGAGGGUGAGGUCAAGUGGGGAGUGCAUAGGCUGCUGAAUCGGGUGGAGCUAGCACAGGGCCCAAGGGUGGGAGCUGGUGGCUCUGGGGUUUAUCCUCAGGUCCUGUGGGUGGGGCGGUGAGUUGGGACCUGAGCGUCAAGAGCAUGUCCUGGUGAGAGGGCUCCUCUGAAGGGGCCCAGGGCGCUCCUAGCGCCUACUGUUUUGGGGGUGUCUUCUUCUGGGGCGCCAUGGCGGCGCUGGCCAGUAGCCUGAUCCGGCAGAAGCGGGAGGUCCGCGAGCCCGGGGGCAGCCGGCCGGUGUCGGCGCAGCGGCGCGUGUGUCCCCGCGGCACCAAGUCCCUUUGCCAGAAGCAGCUCCUCAUCCUGCUGUCCAAGGUGCGACUGUGCGGGGGACGGCCGACGCUGCCCGACCGCGGCCUGGAACCUCAGCUCAAAGGCAUCGUCACCAAACUGUUCUGCCGCCAGGGUUUCUACCUCCAGGCGAAUCCUGACGGAAGCAUCCAGGGCACCCCAGAGGACACCAGCUCCUUCACCCACUUCAACCUAAUUCCUGUGGGGCUCCGUGUUGUCACCAUCCAGAGUGCAAAGCUGGGUCAUUACAUGGCCAUGAACGCUGAGGGGCUGCUCUACAGCUCGCCACAUUUCACUGCCGAGUGUCGCUUUAAGGAGUGUGUCUUUGAGAAUUAUUAUGUCCUGUAUGCUUCUGCUCUCUACUGUCAGCGCCGUUCUGGCCGAGCCUGGUACCUAGGCCUGGAUAAGGAGGGCCGGGUCAUGAAGGGAAAUCGAGUCAAGAAGACCAAGGCAGCUGCCCACUUUGUGCCCAAGCUCCUGGAGGUGGCCAUGUAUCGGGAGCCUUCUCUCCACAGUGUCCCUGAGACUUCCCCUUCCAGUCCCCCUGCCCCCUGAAAUAUAAUCUCUGGACUGGAGGCUCCCUGAAUUCCCAGUGAGCCAGCCACCACCACAGCCUGUCUCCCAGCCCUGCUCCCGGCCCUGCUCUCACCCCUGUUGCCACACACAUGCCCUGAGCAGCCAUGUCCCACCAGGUACUCUACACUGAGGAAAACUAGGGGCUGGCUGGGACUUCCAGGGCUGUUGAGACUUUUAGAUCCUUGAGUCGGGGGUGGGGGGCAGAUAUCUGAUUAUAGUCUGGCUGAUCACUUAUUUCCAUACUCAUACUCAUCCCCCAAAGCCUUUUCUCAAGAUGGCAUUAGGAGUUCCAAAACUGACAGAGCCAGGGCAUAAACCACUCCCUGGCUUAGCCACUUCCUGGAUCCUUGUACCCCCUUUCAUUACCACUGAGCCAUAGGUCCACUGGAGCUCAGGAUCAUUUUUCUUCUUUCCCUAUUCUACCUUCUGCCUUGUCUGGUCAGGUUCUGAAAUACCAAACACCCCAGCCAGGGCCAUUUCUGUACUAGGGCUCUGUGCUAGAACUUAGGCAUGCUGCCAGGUUCUGUUCUGGAUCCAUCAAGCUUCCAUCCUUAACCCAGUUGGACCCUUGGCCUUCAAGUAGAAAGACUGGAUUUAAGCCCUGUCAGGAUAUUGACCUUGGCCUGAACUGGGACCACUCUCAGAUCACCACAGGUUUAACCUUCUUAUCCCAGAGAUACUCAGUUCUAGAGCACAGUGUUCUAGACCUUUAUGGAGCCAUAAUUCCUCCUGAAUUAUAGCUCUAGAACAUAGGCCAUGACUUUCAGACCUCUUUCCAGGAUGGAACUGGGGGCCUAUAUAGCCAUAUUAGCUCUAGAGUCUUGAAUUCUAGACCUACUUUCUCACUUCUAGUGAUACCUAUUAAGAAUGAGCUCUGAAAAGGACCCAGCUAUGAUUCAUAAAGAACUAAUUAGUUCUGAUUGAAUAAAGAACCACUUAUUUUCCUGGAUAAUUUUCUAAAAAACUUUAUUCUUCCAUGUAGAAUGCUAACCUUAUUUUUACAUGCAGUUCCAUCCAGCCUCUGCAACCCAGCCGGGGUCCUGCCAGGGAAAAGUCUGGGAAAGGGCAGAAGAAUUUUGAAAGUAUCCCUGACCCAGAAAGCUGGGAGGGGAAAGGAACCAAAAACCAUGGCAUAAUUGAAUCUGUGUCUGGGUUGGGGGGACAUGAACACUUAGCUACCUCAGCAGGAAUUCCUUCCAGGUCCCCUUUAAAGCUGAGGUUUUUAGGGCAAUAGGUCUAGAAUUAAAAGGACAAAUGGGACACAGCCUUGAUGCCCCUCCCCACGAGGAUACUCCAAUUCAGCAAUAAGUCCCACCCCUCUCCCCUACAGGUCAAGCCAAGGAGGGUGAGGGCCUCUUAAGCUGGAGACCUUAUGCACCCCUAGAGCUUCUAAGUGAAUAGACUUGCUUUACUUUACAGCUUAUAACCUCAGCUGGGUUUUAAGUACCCAAAGGGCCUGACUAGAUUUUUCUGAAAAAUGGACAACAAGGCCUGGAAAGGACUGGGAACCCAUUAGUGAACUAUAUUCCCAAGCGCCACAGACCUGGGCAGGAUAGACUGAGACCCUAAGCAAGGGGCUAGUGCUCAAAGACAGGUCACUUUUUCUCAGGCUCUUUUACUUCUGGCUUGUCGCAAGGGGGGUAGGUUCCCCCCCUCACCCACACAAACCCCGCUCAGGCUCCACCCAUCUCCUGACACUUCACCCAGGGGACUGGGUCACCAUUCUACGCUUUCAAAUUAAAGUCAGUUUAUACAACUGAA